CCCUCCCACUCCCAGUGGCAGCCAAACCAGCAAUAUAUGUCCCAUAGAUGCAGGGCCCGCAGGAGCAGCACAGGCCCCCACAUACAAGAUACAAGAGAUACCCCAGCACCUGGAGUUAAGCAUCCCAAAGUCAAAUGUCCUGUCUGCAGCUGGUACCAGCAGAGGGGACUGUGCAAGGACAUCACCUGGGGGGGGACAGACCUGGCUGUGCCUAGGUUUUACGACCCAUGUAACACAACCACCCCAAGAGCCAUGAAGGUGUGCACCCCUGGAUCAGAUUCUCCUGAAGGUCCUGGUCUUGUCCGGGGAACCUGGCAUGCACCAUUCACCAGCCUUUCUACAUCUGGGGAAUCCAAGCCAGGAGGUAGCGAGGUGACUGCACUCACCUGGCAAUCGAGGGCCUCUGGACCGUUUGAGGGCACGUCUUCCUGUGGGGCAGAGAGCAGGCUCCUUGCUGAAGGGCAGAUGGUGGGAAAGGGGCAGAGAUCCAGAGGAGGAAGAGACCAGAGGACCACACGGCGGGGUCUGGGCCGAGCAAGCUCAGGGAGGACCCAGGGAGGAGGCUGCAGAGCACGGCCCUGUUGGGCAGACCUUGCAAGCUGGGGCUGGCCCUGGAGCCGGCCGGGCCUUGUCCUCCACCUGCUCAAACGUGCUUCCACCAACCAGAGGAAACCCAUUUACUAGUUUUUCUAAUAAAUCAAUUAUACUCCAUAUAUUUCUAUUUCUUAUUUUACUAGUCAUGUCUCCCUUUGGGGCUAAGAGGUUUGGCACCAAGGAGACACAGGGACAGACCCCCUGACUUGACCCUGAGCAUUACAAGACUGCUCUGCCAAGGCCCAGGUCUGUGCCUCACUGAGACGCUGAGAAAAGCUGCUCCUUCAAUGGGCUUGAAGGACUGCUGCA